AUGAAAAACAAAUGGAACCACUCAAUCACUUGUAAUCAUACAAUACCUUCUACUUUUAAACAAUCUUUGUCAUAUUAUAUUCCCAAUCCUUUUGAAAAGAACAAAUGUUUGGAAGUUGAAAAAUCUUUUCCUGUUGUCAAUACACCAAACUAUACUAACAAUUUUAAUUAUUCAUCCUCUAAAGAAAAUUUACUUGACUAUUUUAAAUCAUCAGUUAAUCAACAACAUUUUAAUAAUCCAUGUAAUUUAUUCUACCUAAAUGAAUGGUAUCAAUCGUAUCAUGAACGAAGUAUAUUCACACCGAUUGAGAAAGAUGAAAAACCUUUGGAUUUAUCGUUCAAAACAGAUUCAACUCUCAAUGAAUCGAUUUGUCAACAACAUCUGGAACCAGAUAAACAACUCCCUAAGUUUCAUAAAACACCAAAUGAAUCUUCAGAAGCUUGUUGUUAUUGUUCUACUUAUCUAUCAGACUGUCAUCAUUUCAAAAAGCAUAACUGUUCAUAUCAAGCAGACGUAUUAAAGAAGCAAUUUUCAAUUCCACAUGAAAAUUCCAUUAAUUCGUCAAAUGAUUAUUCAAAUGACUCAACUUAUUUCAUCAGCAACUUUUCACAAAAAUCUUUUACUAGUAUAAAUAAUUUAACAAACUGUAUAUUAAGUGUAGUAGAUCAAGAACCAUCGACAUCGAAAAUUGAAAAAUUCAGUAUUCAACAGAUAAUUAAUUCAACAAAUCCAUCAUCAAAUAAAGAAUCCCAAUUUAUCAAACAAACAAGACGUCCAUAUACAGAAAUUGAAUUAUCUGCAGCUGUGAAAGCUAUUUGUUUCGGACGAUUAGGAACACGUAGAGCUGCUAGUAUUUAUGGUAUACCAAGAUCAACACUUAGAAAUAAAAUAUGUAAAUUAAAUGAAUUGAAGAAAAUAGAAGAAAAACGUCUCGGUGGUAAAUCGAUUGUUCUAUCAAAAUUUUUAUUAGAUUUAAUUGAAUUAAAUAAUGAAUUUUUACAUUCAACAAAUCAAAAUGUCAAUUUUAAAGGACAAAUCACAAAAUCAUUUCAUAAUAUAAAAGAGAUCAAAUCUUGUUCACAGAGAAAUUGUUCUAGUUAUUUAAUGCAUACAAUUAAUCGUGUGGCGUCAAUAUUUCAAGUGAAUUGUCGAAGGAGUUACAUGUAUAAAAAGACUUCGAAUAAUAAAUCAAAAAAUGGAUUGGAAAAGUCCAUUCAAAGAAGAAGGUGACCUCAAUUCAUAAACUACGCCGUUCGCACCAACAGCCAAUUAAUUAAUAACAAACCUGCUAAUAGGUCGAUUAUCUAAUGGUAGAUAUACG